AAGCAAGCAGUUCCAAAUUGUCUUACUUUCCAUCACCACGUGAGUUGGGUAUUCGCGUUGGUGAUAGAUUAAGACUACAGUUCAUCCGGUUAAGUUAUAACAGUAUUAAAUUGUUUUAUAGAUAUCGAAUAUGAUACUUUUCGUUGUAUUAACGUGUUGCAUUGGCAUUGCUGCUGGUGCUGCUGUUGCUACUGCUGCUGGUGAUGUUGAAGAUGAUGAUGAUGAUGAAAUUGAGUCGCUAGCGGUGCUUGAAGGAGGAAACCUCACCAUCUCUAUUCACAUUGAGAAGUGGGACGAAAACCCACAGAUUUUACUUUUCCGUCGCAAAGAAUCCUCGAAGGAACUGAUAGCGCAGAUAAUCUGCCAUAACGGAGAUUGUGAACAGAAGUGGAGAUCCGAAGUUUCACUUAAAUCCGAUGGGGAGAAUGUGUCACUGAGCCUGAUAAACGUCAACUACAACCAAACAGGGGUUUACGAAGUCCGCAAACCGAGCAGCAAAUGGCACGGAAACAAGAUUUACAAUGUUUCUGUUCAUCAGCCUCCACUCAGUACCAUCAACCCAGAAAAAACAUCUUCUGCCAAGUACAGUGACUCUACUGCAGGGAUAAGUGUAGGUGCUGUGGGCGUUGUUUUAGUGGUCCUCGCUUUAGUGGUCAUCAUUGGCGCUGUCAUUUAUUCGAAACGCAAAAGAGCCCAAGAAUCAGACCCUGAAGCCAGCAGGAGGCACAGAUCCCAAAGAGAUGUUGAAAGAUACUUAUAGUUACUGUAUUAUUGCAAGCUCAUCCAGUGCAGGACUAAACUGAAUGUAAUAACAAGACGGGUUGACUAUAAGGAAUCAAAAUGUCUGAUUCACUGAGAAUUGUAACCACUGGUGCUGUUUUCCCAAGAGAUCCCAGUUGACUCAGCAGCUACUGGCACAACAGCUGUUAAUUAUAACAAUGCUUAUGUGUCCUUGAACUCCACAAGACCAUAAAGUGUCCCGUUUGUCAUUUUAAAAUUCUUUUAGCAUUAUUACACAUAAUUAUGCACAAUUAUUAAAGCUCCAAGCACUGAAUGUCCACUAGAUGGAGCCAAAGGAUUAGAAAUUCUGUUUAAUCUAGUAGUUCAGCAUCAGUAGGAAUGGCUAAAUAAUCAUUUUAAUUGUUGCUUUUAUUUGUAGCACCAUUGUACACUAAAAAAAUACCCAUUUGUUUUAUGUAAUUAGUUUGCAAAGAAACACUUAUUUCCACAAAAGGCACAUUUCUAUAAAAGCACACUUAAUUAAUUUUGGCCUCUAAAGGCAUAUAAAUGGGUAGCUGAAAUAUUUAUUCGUUUUUAAGUAUUCAUACAGAUACUGUAGCACAUUCUCGCCAUUAACUUGUCAUAUACAAUGACAGAGUUUAUUGUAGCUUUUGUGAUCUCUGAGUAGUAAGCUAAUUCUGUUGAUUUUUAAAAAUAUAUAUAUAUUAAAUGUAAACAUUUAUUUCAGUCUGACAGUAAGAGGGAGUGUUUUCCAUUUAAAAAUCAGCCGAUGAGUUUGGGAUCAUCAAACCCAUCUUACCAGUGGAGAUUCAAGAUUGUUGUCUCUGAAAAGCAAUUUUAUGACUUAUUUAUUUAUAUAAGCUGUUGGUUUUUGGACCAAGAUAUUGUUUGUUACUGUAUGCGAUUGUUGUUACUGUAUGAAUGUAUGUGAGUAGCACUGUAAGGUUUGAUUAUGUGCAUUGUUUGUAUUUAUUUAUACUUUCAACAUAUUUAUACAUUGAACAAAGUCAUUAACCACAGUGUAUUAUCAAACAACAGAAUGUCUUCAGAUUAAAGCUGGUUAUGGAGAAUUGUCAACUGAUUGGAUCAGAAGACGGAAGCAGAACCAAAAAAAAUGUAAACGAAAAAAAAAUUAUUAAAUAAACCCUU